UUAUAGAAGUAAGAUAAUUAGCAAGAACUGUUUCUGUUUUAUUUCAGGACAUUCGGUGCCAUCCGCAUAACCUGCUGACACAGAUGGCGUACUCCACACAAACACUCGCCGGAGGCUGCUUUGGGAAAAUAUACAAGGAGAAGUUUGGAGACGCAUGGGCUGCUGUGAAGAGAGUUCCCCUUAGCCUCAUCAGCAGACAACAGCUGGAGAGAGAAUGCAAAGUCUAUCAUAAUGCUCGGCAUACAAACGUGGUGAAGCUUCUCGGUGAUCCUUGGCUGAAAGACUCCAAGUGGAACAUUCCUUUGGAGUUCAUCACUGGGGAAGAUCUUGAGACGACCAUCUUCAAAGUUCAGCUUUCUAAAAUACAGCUGACGCCAGCAGUGAGAGCCACAAUCAUCACUGGUAUGUGUGAGGGUUUGCUUUAUCUGCACAGUAAAGACAUCGUCCACCAAGACCUCAAACCUGACAACGUCAUGGUGGAGUAUCAAACCCAUCGGGCCGUGAUCAUUGAUUUGGGACUGGCUAAAUUCUACAGAAACGGACUCAGCUCUGCUGUUAACUUGGGCAAUGAAGCGUACUCACCUCCCGAGGUCCUGCAGAUGGGUGGAGUUCGGGACAAGCGAUCGGACGUUUGGGCCAUGGGUAAACUCAUAGCUGAACUCUGUGCCAGGGUCAGGUUACCCACCCAAUCUGUGUCUGCAAUCAAGAUUCGUGAAACUCUGUGCACUUCACCAUACUGUAGUUCAGUGUCCAAGAUGGUGGAAGUCAAUCCCGCCAACAGAACUUCUAUGGCUGGAGUCAUCGGAGACAUCAGGAGAGCUGGUUCAGGUCAACAGGCAGACAUCAGACAAAGAGACAUCACAAGAGACAUCCCAAGAGACAUCCCAAGAGACAUCCCAAGAGACAUCCCAAGAGACUUUACACAUGUAAAUGAAAUUAGGGCAAAUCAAAAGUUGUAUCCAGCUGCAGCUCCUGUUCCUAAGAUGGAUGAAAGAAAAUCUCCUUUGUUAUAUUAUCGACGGGAUCCACUUCCACAGAGAGAGUUGGGAAAGGCAUUAGUCCCAGCUAAAGGUCAGGCCUUAAACCAUCAGAUGUCCCUGAUGUCAUUUCCUUGCCAGCUCCCAGAAACUGGAAAAGUGACUCAGGAACGCUACAUUGAUGAGAAAGGAGCUCUGGAAUACAAAGAGAUUGUCACGAGGGGAGGGAAAAUCAUUAAAUAUGAGAAAGUGCAAAUAACCAAAAAUUCUUAAGAAUAACACUCUUGUUCUGAAAAAAUGUUGAUUUGGUGAACUUCAUUUUAUUUUACAUGGGAGAUGAGUUUUUGUUUUUUAAAGAAAGCACAGGCUGGUGACUAUGAAAUUUUUAUUUUAGAUCUUUGUCUUUGUUAAGAUCUUGUUUACGUUCAUUCCGCAGUUUUGUUUGUUUUUUGCCAUUGAUGUAAAGUACAAACCAGUGAAAUAUAAAAAAAAAAGUUGUUGUUUUUCUGAUUAAUAAUUUGUAGUAUAUAGGCCAAUCACACAUUUUAUUGAAGAUGCUGAACUCGGCAAUGUUAAAAUAAACAAUGAAUUAUCUGGGCUUGUUCUUUUAUUAAAUACAUUUGGAUUGGAUCUUUUGACAAA